GCUGGGAGAGGAUGCGCGUGACCCGCAGAGGCGGUCAUAGACAUGUAGGCGGUCACUGCGGGGUUGGCGCGAGAACCGGACACGUGACCAGCACGACCGCGAGCAACGUCAACCGGCAACAUCGGGAGUAACGGGGGGCUCGGAUUCUAUCAUUGAUUGGCAAUGUCUGCAGAGGAAAUAAACACCCUUAACCAACACUUGGAAGACACAAACUCGACUUGCCACAAAGAGCUUGGAAGGCCUAUAUCUGCACCUGUGAAAAUAAUUAGGAACAACUGCUUUGGAGACGACGCUGUAUCAUCCACUAAAACCAAAGAGUCUCACCGGAAAAGAUGGCUGAAUGGGGACCACAGGGAAAUGUCCAAACGUUCGAAGGAAGAGAAACCUUUCCAGAAUGAUCUUCAUAAUGAGAACUCCUAUAAAGUCGAAAGCUCUGUUGCAUCCUCUGAAAACCUGCUGCAAGGUCAUCUGGCUUCAAGUCCAAAGGUAACUACACCGUGGCUGGAUGAGAACAGCAAUGUUGUCACUCCUAGCUGCACCAACAACAACGAAGAAGGGUCCAAAGAGUUGAACUGUAAUUAUGAGAUUGAGAAAGCUAAAGUUACAGGAGAGAUUUCAAAUCGAAAUUCUGAAUCAUCUUCGGGUGACUCUAUGAAAGUGAGCUCAAAUUGUAAAGAUCCUUCCCAAAAUAACAAAGAACCGGUGGUUCAAGUUUACUCUGAAGAGCACAUAGAUGACCAGAAUACUGUGGAUUACCCAAAGAGUAAAGAAUGUCUUGUUAUAGAGGAAAACCAACAAGAAGUGGCAGGCAGUUCCAAAAAGAAAGAGUUCAAACCUGUGCAGAAGCUCUAUAAAAUUGAAGAAUCAGAAAAGUCUGAAAGGAAAAGACUGAAGGAGCAUGCUGAGGAGUCGAAGAGAAAAGAAGGUUCUGAUCGUGGGGAGAAAGAGAAAAACAAAGUGUCAGAAAGCACUGGAUGUAAAAGAAAUGACAAAACAGACCGUGAAAAUAGGGAAAAUGUGAGGAAGGACAAGAAAACCACCAUAAAGAAGGAAAUAUCUAACAGUCAGUCCUCAAGUAACAAAAUUACAGAAAAGGAAAGCUCAGGCGUGUCCAUGGAAGGCCCAAAGCAAAAUAAGAUUGAUUUAGAUAAGGUGGUCACCAAUAAGACCACACAGUCCUCGGAAAAGACACCAACUACAAUAGAAAAAAAGAAGAAACAACACUCAGACAAGUCUAAAGACAAAAACAAAACUAGGGAAGAAUUGGUGCAUCUUAAAACAGAGAGAGAAAAAGGAAACUAG